CCAGCAGCUGUGACGUGCACACAUAAACACACACACACACACACACACACACACACAUAUAUAUAUAUUUGUACACGAGUGACGUACAUAAGGUGCCAAGUUCUCUCUAUCUCUAUCUCUAAUUCUCUCUACGGAUCGACAAGAGAGAGAGAGAGAGGAAGGAAGGAAGGAAGGAAGAGAUGAAGAAAAGAGGGAACUUCUAACUUAAGAAGAAGACCACCACCACCACCACCACCACCAAACAGGAUGGCAGAUCAAAACAAUAAGACAAAGCAAGAACGAAAAGAGACGAAAAAUAACGAGGCGAAAAUGAAAAAAUUCGAAAUCAGAACGAAAGAUCGCAAAUACACCGGGUUUGAGGACACGGAGGGGCAGCAACAGUGGCAAGGCGCCUUUACCUUCAUUCAAGCCGCGGACACGCAACUGGGCCUACAGGAAAGAUUCGUAGAGAAGAAAACCAACCCAGGAUGGACAAAGGAGAUAAAAUGGUGCUUGCAAUUAGUAGAUGUAGUUAACAAAAUGGAACCAAGACCUAAAUUUCUCGUUAUAUGCGGUGACCUGAUCGAUGCUUACCCUUAUGAACGAGACGCGAAGGAAAAAGAAACGAGGGAAGCGCAGGAAUUUGAUUUGAAAAGGAUUCUAAACGGUUUAAAUAUCCCGCUAGUGUGUGUGUGCGGGAACCAUGAUGUAGGGGAUACACCAACAGAGAAAAGCGUUUUGAAAUACCGUAAGAGUUUUGGUGAUGACUUUUUCAGCUUUUGGUGUGGUGGUGUUUACUUUCUAGCCCUCAAUUCUCAGUUCUGGCAGGAUAGGAGUGAGGUGCAGUCCCUCGCCAAGGAACAAGAUGACUGGCUGGACAAGGAGCUGGAAUACAUCAAGACCACGAGACCAGUCCACGCAGUUAUAUUUCAGCACAUUCCUCCGUUUAUUGAAAGUAUAGAUGAAAGAACACAGUAUUUCAACCUCCCCAGUGAUGUACGCAAGCAGAUUCUUGGGAAAUUCAUAGACGCUGGGGUGAAAUACGUGUUUUGUGGCCAUUAUCACAGGAAUGCUGGCGGGGAACACAACGGCCUAGAGGUGGUGGUGACGUCAGCAGUUGGGGCGCAGUUAGGAACGGAUCCUAACGGCUAUAGGGUUGUGAACGUGGUGAAAGAUAAGAUUGUACAUUUUUAUCAUGGACUGGAGUGAGGCUUGGUUAGGUUAGGCUUUGAUUAGGUUAAGAUGGGUUAGGUUACGUUAGGUUAGGUUUAGGUUAGGUUAGGUUAGGUUACGUUAGGUUAAGAUAGGUUAGGUUAAGUUUUGAUUAGGUUAGGUUAAGUUAGAUUCGGAAUAUGAUAGAAUUAAAUUAUGAUACGAAAGAUUAAGUACGUAGAGAGAGAAACUUAUCACAAAUGACACACACACACACACACACACACACACACACACACACGAGCAUUGUUAACCUAAAUUCUCUUUCUAUUUUUUUAAAGUAACCAAAUGUUUGUUGUUGUGUUUUUGGGAAGUUGUAUCAAAUGAAUAUAUAUUUGAUGGUUA